CCUCCGUUACGCCCGCGUCAGGAGCGGCUUCCGCGUUUCCACGGCGGCCGGUGCGGCUUUGACCUUCCCUUAGCGGUGGGAGGAGCGGCGCCGAGCUUGCUUCACACCCCGCGAUGGGGGUGUCUGCAGUUGAGGACGGCCUGGUGAACUCGCGGGUGACGUCCAGUGCAGCCUUUAUGAACUUCGCACGGGGAACUUGCUAAUACAGGUUUCUCUCUUGCGGGGACAUUUUUGGAAUGGCUUCCUUUGGAUGGAAGAGGAAAAUUGGCGAGAAGGUCUCAAAGGUCACUUCCCAGCAGUUUGAAGCUGAAGCUGCCGAUGAGAAGGAUGUAGUUGAGAAUGAAGAAGGGAACUGGCUUCAUGCCAUUAAACGUAGGAAAGAAAUUCUCUUUGAGGGCUGUGCUGAGAAAAGUAAGCAGCUGAAGGAUGAAGGAGCCAGUUUGGCUGAAAAUAAAAGAUAUCGAGAGGCAAUUCAAAAAUGGGAUGAAGCACUGCAGUUAACCCCAGAUGAUGCCACCCUGUAUGAGAUGAAAUCGCAGGUCCUAAUGUCUCUUCAUGAAAUGUUCCCAGCAGUACAUGCAGCUGAAAUGGCUGUCCAGAGAAAUCCACAUUCAUGGGAAUCUUGGCAAACUUUGGGCCGUGCUCAGCUUGGAUUAGGAGAGAUAGUCCUGGCAAUUCGAAGUUUUCAGGUCGCCCUUCACAUCUAUCCAAUGAACCCUGAAAUAUGGAAAGAAGACCUUUCUUGGGCAAGAACACUCCAGGAGCAGCAGAAGGUAGCCCAGAAGAUUAAAAAGCGUGAAGCAUCAGUGGAAGUAACCCAUUUCUCACCAAAGUCCAUUCCUGACUAUGACUUUGAAAGUGAUGAGAUUGUUGCUGUUUGUGCGGCGAUUGCUGAGAAACAGAAGACGGUUCCAGCAAGUAAAACGAUGGUUAUUGUGUCGGCUUCUGGGACUGUAGAGACGGUCACUGAGAAGGAAGAUGGUGCUGCACCACCAGAUGGCUCUGUUUUCAUCAAAGCCCGAUGAAGUAGUGGGAAUCCUUUAAUCUGUCUUUUUGAUUGCCACUUAAAAUUUUAGGCAUAGGGACGUUAACUAUGGAGAAACAGAGCAAAGCUCCUGUUUGUAAAGUGAGUUUCGCAGAUGAGACAUAUAAAAACUAAAUGGUAGAAUUACUGUACAGUGUUUGGAUGCUUUGAUAAGUUAUGAUUUAAACUUCUUAAGAUUAGAAAUCUGAGUACGGUGGCUUUUGAUUAAUAAACUUAAUGUAAUCCAAAAAUAUAAGUGAAUGCAUUUUAAAGACACAACUUGAAAAGUGAAUUCUCUACUAGUGAAUCACUCGAUGGCCAGUGUUAUUAAAAUGCUGACUUGUUGACUUUUGUUUCAUGAUAAAGGAAGUCGGUGAUUUCUUUCCCUCCUUAGAAAUAUACUGCUCUUGCUCUUUACUCUUCUGUUUUUCCGGUUGCAUUAGAGUCUGUCACAAAGCUUGAAUAUCUUUGACAUUCAUUUUGAUUCAAAGUUGUCAUUUGGUUAUAUGUGGGAUCUUUGAAAGUUUGACUGAAAAUGCAUGCAAGUGUGUACAUUCUAAACAUUUUCGAAGUUUCUCUGAAUUCUGAUUUGUGCUUAUAUUUUGACUUUAAGAUUAUUAUGAAAAUAGUAGUUGCCUCUUUCAGUAUUAGGUAUGUAAAAUACUGAUAAAUGUCAGAAUGAUGGUUUUAUUUUUUUAGUUGUUAAAGUGGAUAGUGUUCCUUUCCACAGGUAGGUCAUGUUUCAGAUGUGCAUUUUUAAAAAAUGAAUGGCUUUUAUAGAUGUGUCAUAACAAAUUGUACUACUGUGUUGUCCCAGUCAAAAGCAGUAUUUUCUUCUCCUUAUUUUUAAAAGCUUAAAAACUCUAAAAAUAACUUAUCUUUUGCUUAUAACUUUCCAGCUAAUGGUUUGGAAGUCCUUUUCUAGAUAACUUUUUUGCAACUACUCAAUUAAAUUAGUUUCAAUUUUAAUAGCUAGAUUAUAUCUUUCUAAAAAUAAAAAAGUAAGGAUGUUAAUGAGUGCCAGUGAAUGAAUAAUUUAGGCACAACAUACAUAGAAACUGAAACGUGACUAUGGUACAGUAUGUGAGUAGAGAAGGAUAUAUUUAAAGAAAUAUUUCAUUGAAAGGCCACAGUUGUAUUCACAAAUCAAAACUGUUAUUGCUAAUGUGAAUUAUUAUUUUUAUACUACAUAUAUUGUAGUACAAUUAUAUAGACUACUGGGUACUGUUACUUCUGACACUCAGGAAGCUAUUAUUGCUGUAAAAUUAAUUUUACCCUUGUUAGAAAUGAAAGUAAGCUAUUUUAUUUUAAGGAAUCUUACCUUAACCUGUUGGAGCAUGUGAGUAAUGGUCGACAUUUUUCUGAGAUGAUUUUUUUUUUCCUUUUUAAAUUUUUAUUUAAAUUCUAGUUAAUUGACAUACAGUGUAAUACUGGUUUCAGGAGUAGAAUUCAGUGAUUCAUCACUUACAUACAACACCCAGUACUCAUCAUUACAAGUGCCCUCCUUAAUGCUCAUCACCCAUCUAGCCCAUCCCCCACCCUCUGAGAUGAUUUAAAAUUUUUUUCCUUUAGUGGAAUGCUUACCUCUUUUUUUCCAGAGUAUUGUAUUUUCCCCAAAGUUACAUCAGAAAGUUAGCUCUGGUUAGAGAGGUUAGUUUUAGAGUAAUCCAAAAAACAAAUACUAAUUACAUUUUAUUUCAUUUAAUAAAGGAUAUUCUCUCAGGGUAGAUACUUGGGCAUCUACAGAAGUGAGCAUUCACCCUUUGGUAUGUUGUUUGGAGUAUUGGGUUUUUGUUUAUCGUGUAAUUUGUGAAUAAAUAGUUUUUUUUUUCCCUGCAUUUUAAAGAUUUGCCUCUUUGUAUUGUUAACUUUUGAAAAAUUAGAUUUAUUUAUUUAAUUUCUUUGUUAUGUGGGAAUAAAAUAUGUAAAGCACCUUGGAUGGUAUCUUGCAUAGGAUGCGCUCAGUAAAUGUUAGCUAUUUCUAUGAAGAACUUGAAUUAGUUUGGAGAUAUUUAACCUCAGUUUCUUCUGAUUUUAAGAUGGUAGGAGAACUUCGUAAUCUUUAUCUGAAAGUGAGGAGUCACUACUUUUGAUAUUGUAGGACAGAUGGUUAUCAGUUGGGGUUAUUCUUGUCAUAAAUUCUAUCUCAACCCUAAAAGAGGCAAGACCCAGGAUGGAGGGCAUGUAGCCACAAGAUUCUGUUAAAGAACCUAGUGUUUUUCCUGUAUUGAUAUCGGUAGGCCAGAUUAGUCUUUUCCUUACUCAGAUAUAAGACAUAAGUUGGAAGACAUAAAAUGGAGAGAAAAGGAAUAAUGAAUUAUGAAGAAGGAAGGCAGCUCAUUUAUUCAUGCCCCAGAAGAUGCUCAGCUAACACUCUUCUAUGUGUGAAGAGAAAAAUGCAUAUAUCAUUUUAUAAGAUGUGAAUACUGAUACAGAGACAUUUGCUAAGCUUGUUAACUGCAAUAACAAAUACUUCUGAAUCUGAAAGAAAAAUAGUUGAUGCUCAUAAUAGUGAUAUAAUUAAAGAUGUUUAAUAUACCUUCUGAAAUAACAUUAAACAGUAUAUUGAAUAUAAUUUGUAUUAUUCUUAUUUGAAAAUUGUGUGGCAUAGACACUUAUUAGUCAGAACACCACACAUCCAGAUCAUGCCUGAUAAUUUGAGAAUCCAUGUAUUAUUCUCUAGACAACAGGUUUGUAGAUUAUAGAGUAUUUAUGUUAAAUGUGCUAACAAAUACUACGCAAACAAUGAAAAGUCAUGCAAGUUAUAGAUCACAGAACCCAGAUUUACUGCAGUUGGGGCCUAGGUACAAAAUUUUUUUUUUUUUUAAGAUUUUAUUUAUUUAUUUGAGAGAAUGAGAAAGAGAGCACAUGAGAGGGGGGAGGGUCCGAGGGAGAAGCAGACUCCCCGCCGAGCAGGGAGCCCGAUGCGGGACUCGAUCCUGGGACUCCAGGAUCAUGACCUGAGCCGAAGGCAGUCACUUAACCAACUGAGCCACCCAGGCGCCCCUAGGUACAAAAUUUUAUGGUAGUAGUCUUAAUGUAAAGAGCUUUUAAAUUGAUGUUAUAUGACAAAAUUAUAGGGAAGACUAAAUAAAAAAGUUUUGUCUGAGAAAGCUAGAGUUGCCAUGAUUAUAACUGACCACUAUAGCGUCUUCAGUUUGAAAAUUAUGCUUUAUGUAACGAUGUCAAAAGCUUGUCUUACUGCCUUUCCCAGCAGUAAGAAAACUUUGUUUGUUUUUAUUUCAGACUCUGUGAGACAGUAGCCUUUCUAAAUUGACUCUGGACCAGCCAUUCUGGAGCUUUGAUUUCAUGACAUACAUGUAUCUACAUGAGUUUUGAGUUGACACAGGAACCAUAGUUCCAGGAUUAUCUUUAAGUCAAUUGGUAUAUUAAAUGUGUUUUUUUCUGAGAGAUUUUUAUUAAGCCAAUGGUGUGUACUUUGUAAUUGAUGACAUUUUAGGAUUGAGAAAGUAAGGGUUUGGUUUUUUUUUAAAUCAAUAACAAAAUACAGAAAUUUCAUUACCAAAGUAAAUUAAAAUGAAGUAUGUCACUUUAGUCCCUUGCAAUGAAAUAUGCCUUCCUGAAUGGAAGGGAAGGGGUAGCCCUGUGGUUGGUGUACCAUGAAUUGUGCCUUAAUGCAUGUUGUAUGUGAACUUGCUCUGUGUGCCACAGUGGAAGACAGGUUGAGAAAUGUUGAUCUACAUUUUGUUGGGAAGGCAGAGGGUAGGAAUAGCUUCCUUUCAUCCAUUAAGCAAGGAAUCCUGAUCACUCCCUUCUCUAAUCACCCCCAGUGCCCUGCGAAAGGGAGUUCAGGAUAAAGAACUGGACAUGCAAACCUUUCUCCCCUUUCUGGGGAUUUAUAAUGCUUGCAGAGAGCCUAUGUUGUAUUCUCUUGCCAGGCACAGCAUAAGCUUUGCAGUGAAAGGCUCUCUGCCUCUGCGAGGGGAGCCCUGUGGUUGUAUAGGACUGCCCAUUCCUUGGUGAGCAGGUCUAAUUCUGGGUUAGAUAUUAGGUAGCCAUUAUUGGUACAAGCCUAAAUUACACCCUUUAACCUACGUCCUUCAGCAAUAAAGUUGAUAUCUCCAUUUACCUGGCUUGGUCUCUCAAGUGGCUCAGAAGUCAGGAGGGCACAGGGCAUAUUAUUUCAUGAUUCCCUCAAACUCCAACAAAAAUUAGUGAAAAUUAUAUUUCAAAGUAAGCAUGAGAUAAACACCAAAUUGGGAUUUUUUUUCUAAUUUCAUGUAUUUUUUAAGUCAUGGAAAUUCUAUUGGAAAUGGAUAAUGUCAAUUACAAGACAAUAUGUAAACAUUUGUUCAGCAUAUCCAAAGAUCUCACUAGGAAUUGUGAAGGACCCACAGUAUUGACUCUACAUUUAAUUAGAAGGAAAGAAUGUAAAAUAAAUCAUAUUCUCUGUCCACCCUGUCAACUUUCUUAAGAGUGUAAUUUACAUAUAAUAAAAUGCACCCUAUAUUGUAAGUUUACAGUUUGAGGAGUUUUAACAAAUGUGAACAACCCCACAAUCACCAUUACCAUCAAGAUGUAGAAUAUUUCCAUCACCCAAAAAGUUCUCUAAUGCCCAUUUGUUGUGAGUUCCCCUCCACCCCAAGAACCAGCAUUGUUCAACCACUGAUUCCUUUCUGUGACUAUAAAUUAGAUUCGACUCUUCUAGAAUUUCAAAUAAAUCAUACAGUAUUUACUCUGUGUCUGACACUUUGCUCAGCAUAGUACUUUUGAAAUCCAUCCAUGUCGAGUUUCAUCUGUGCUAUUGUGUAUAUCAGCAAUAGGUUUUAUUUUUAUUGCUGAGUAUUAUUCUGUUGUGUGGUUAAACCACAAUUUAUAGCUAUUCAUGUAUGUUGAUGGGCAUCUAGGUUGUUGAUGAACAUCUAAGUUUUAGUCUCUUAUCAAUAAAGCUGCUAUGUAUAUAUGUUGCA